GAAAAUCAUCCGGUCAAAAGAAGCGCUUCAAGCGCAGCCGCAGACCAGAGCCCGGUGCAAGCUGCAGUCGGAGGGAGAUCAUUUCUCACCAGCGCGUGUUUAAUAAAACUGCCAAAACGUCUUACGCAAUGAGAGGAGAUCGCGGCAGGGGGAGGGGCGGCCGCUUCGGCUCCCGUGGAGGUUUAGUCCAGGGGUACCGGCCAUUUGUUCCUCAUAUACCGUUUGACUUCUAUGUCUGUGAGAUGGCCUUCCCCCGCGUUAAACCAGCUCCUGAUGAGACUGGUUUCAGUGAAUGCCUGCUGAAGAGAAACCAAGAUCUGACUCCUACUGCAGCUGAACAGGCUUCAAUUUUGUCCUUGGUCACCAAGAUAAACAACGUCAUUGAUAAUCUAAUCGUUGCUCCUGGAAGCUUUGAAGUGCAAAUUGAAGAAGUAAGGCAAGUGGGCUCCUAUAAAAAAGGCACCAUGACCACAGGACACAAUGUAGCUGAUCUUGUGGUUAUCCUGAAGAUCCUGCCCACCUUGGAAGCCGUCGCUGCUUUAGGUAAUAAAGUAGUGGAUACCCUGCGUACACAGGACCCUUCUGAGGUGCUCUCCAUGCUGACCAAUGAGACUGGUUUUGAGAUCAGCUCUGCUGAUGCCACAGUGAAGAUCCUCAUCACCACGGUCCCACCAAACCUGCGCAAACUGGACCCAGAGCUACACUUGGACAUCAAGGUUCUGCAAAGUGCUCUGGCUGCCAUUCGCCACGCUCGUUGGUUUGAGGAGAAUGCCUCGCAUUCAACUGUGAAAGUGUUGAUCCGCUUACUGAAAGACCUGCGAGUCAGAUUCUCUGGAUUUGAGCCUCUCACACCCUGGAUUCUGGAUCUGCUGGGUCAUUCUGCGGUCAUGAACAACCCCUCCAGACAGCCCUUGCCGCUUAACGUUGCCUACAGGCGCUGUCUUCAGAUGCUUGCCGCAGGACUUUUCUUGCCAGGUUCUGUCGGAAUUACCGAUCCGUGUGAGAGUGGAAACUUCCGUGUGCACACUGUCAUGACCUUGGAACAGCAGGACAUGGUGUGCUUCACGGCUCAAACGCUGGUAAGAGUUCUGUCUCAUGGCGGAUCCCGCAAAAUCCUGGGCCUCGAAGGAGAUGCUAGUUAUCUCACCACUGAGAUGUCCACCUGGGAUGGAGUAAUCGUUACCCCAUCUGAAAAAGCUUAUGAGAAACCUCCAGAGCGCAAGGAAGAGGAAGAUGAAGCUUUGGAAGAAGGAGGAGAAGGGGAAGAUGAAAGCAUGGAGACCCAGGAAUAAUACUUCUGUCUCUUUUGGACAGAUAGUUGUAUUUAAUUUUGUUUUAUUACUGAUCCUUUUGUCAUCUUACCGUGAAUUUUAAUACUUGGUUUCUUCUUCAGUCUAGCCUUUCCUAGAGUUAAAGGGAUAGUUCACCCAAAAACAAAAAUUCUGUCAUUUACUCAUUGUCAUGUUACAAACCUGUAUACAUUUCUUUGUUCUGAUGAACACAAAGGAAGAAAUUUUGUUUGGAAUGUUUGUAACCAAACCGAUCAGAAGCCACAUUGAUUUCCAUAGUAGGAAUAAGAAUACUAUUGAAGUCAAUGGGGUCUCUGAUCGGUUUGGUUAACAACAUUCCUUUGUGUUCAGCAGAACAAAGAAAUGAAUUGUUUGUAACAACAUGAGAGUGAGUAAAUGCUGACAGAAUUUUCAUUUUUGGAUGAACUAUCCCUUUAAGCCUAUGGCAGUUAACAGCUAAUUUCAAUAAGGACCAAAAGGCGAUUGACUGUCCUAAUUUUUCUCCUCACCUUGACCAUUCUGAUACGGUUAUUAGGGACUCAAAGUAAUUUCAAUUUGGUUUCAUGUUUUGUACCUGUGGUUUGUUUUUUAUCAGUGAAUUAAAAUUUUAUUUCCACUUUUA